UGAUUAUAUCUAAUCGAUUGUCCGACUGGUUUGGUUCUAGAGCGACCUUGAACAUGGAUCGAGUGAAACAGAAUCGGAUAGCGCUUUCUUGGUAUACCCAAAGAAUAAAGCCAAGAUUCCCUGAGUAUCAAAGGAUCAGCUGAGCCGUUUUCAGUCCGGUUGAGCUCAAUACCACCAUUUACCAAAGUACAUAGGACUGUUGUUCCCGCUCUCUGUGCCUGAAGUAGUUACUCUUUCAGUCCCAUGUUUUAUUCCACAGAAGAUCACAUCCUCUCAAGGCAAUAUGUUGAUCAGCGUGCCGCUUGCAUGGGACAACCCUCUUCUUGAGCAACAGUGGAACGAAGUCGAGGACGUCAACUAUCGCGAUUCGCAAUACGGCCGAACACCGCUGUUCUGGGCCGCAGAGAAUAACCAAAUCGAGAUGAUCAAGUUCCUCCUCGAAUCGAAUGUCGAUGUCGACGCUCGGGAUGUCGAAGGCCGAAUUCCAUUGUUCUGGGCCGCCAGGAACAACCACUACCUCGUGGUCAAGAUCCUCCUCCAAAGGAAUGCACAUGUCAAUGCUCGUGACCACCAUGGUCACACUGCCUUGUUUUGGACCGCCGAAGACAAUCAAGUCAAUGCGAUGCAGCCGCUUUUCAAGUGAAAUGCCGGCGUCGAUGCCCAUGAUAGGAUUCUAUCAAUUCAUGUGUGUAAACCCAGGAUUUAGACGAAGACUCGAUCUUAUGGGGCAUCUGUGCCCUCGACACCAUUGUUCUGAGGAACGAU